GCGGGUGACGGGGCGCGGCGGGAGGGAGGGACCCUGAGAAAAGCCGGGCCACAAAGCGGCCGAGCGCGGUCCCCUCUCCCCGCCCCCUACCCGGGCCGCCGCGGGCCCUUUAAGGGCAAGAGGUGCGCGGUCUCUUUAAGGCAGGUCCUGGUGGUUUCUGUUUUCUGAAGGAAGUGACGGGGGGUGGGAUUGAAUGAAAAGUGCAGAACAGAGCCCCGAGCUCCGGAGUCGGGGCCUUGGGGGCCGCGGCGGGGCGGGGGACACGCACGGGGAGCGCGGGGCGGGAGCCGAGGCGCGCGGCUGAUCGCGGCCCACGUGCGUCCGCACCUCGUCGUGGGACCCUCGCGGUGGAGUCGGUGACCGCAGGGAUCCCCGAAGAGGACCCCCAACUUCGGACGAACUUUGCGGGCUUGCCUCCCCUCCCCCACGCGGCGCACCGGGGCCCCCGGGGAUGCGGCGCCCCGGCUGCCACGAUGUCCCCACCGCGCGUCCCGCGCUGCCGCCGCUGCCGCUGCUGCUGCUCGUGUUGUCGCUGCAGCUGGGGGCGCCGCGCGGGGUGGGCGCGGGGACAGGAGCGCCGGCCGAGCUGCGGGUUCGCGUGCGGCUGCCCGACGGCCAGGUGACCGAGGAGAGCCUUCAGGCGGACAGCGAAGCCGACAGCAUCAGCCUCGAGCUUCGCAAGCCCGACGGCACCCUCAUCUCCUACACAGCCGACUUCAAGAAGGACGUGAAGAUCUUCCGUGCCCUGAUCCUGGGGGAGCUGGAGAAGGGGCAGAGUCAGUUCCAGGCCCUCUGCUUUGUCACUAGGCUGUACCACAAUGAGAUCAUCCCCAGCGAGGCCAUGGUCAAGCUUCGGCAGAAAAACCCCCGUGCAGUGCGGCAGGCUGAGGAGGUAAGGGGCCUGGAGGAGCUACAUAUGGACAUCGCAGUGAAUUUCAGCCAGGGGGGCCUGCUGAGCCCCCAUCUCCACAAUGUGUGUGCCGAGGCAGCUGAUGCCAUCUAUACCCGCCAGGAGGAUGUCCGGUUCUGGCUGGAGCAAGGUGUGGACAGUUCUGUGUUCGAGGCUUUGCCCAAGGUCUUGGAACAGGUGGAGCUGCCUCGCUGUGGGCAAGUGGGAGACCGAGGGAAGCCCUGUGCCUGCCGCUAUGGCCUGAGCCUGGCCUGGUACCCGUGCAUGCUAAAGUACUGCCACAGCCGUGAUCGACCAGCACCCUACAAGUGUGGCAUUCGCAGCUGCAGGAAGAACUACAACUUCAACUUCUAUGUACCACAGAGGCAGCUCUGCCUCUGGGAUGAGGACCCCUGACUAUAGGGAGCAGAACCUGAGAGUAGCUGCUUGGGCCCUCAGAGUCUCCACCAGCCACCAGAAGGCACGGCAACCCCAUCUGAAGCCUUACAUACCUUCCCAUGCCCCUGAUCUUGAAGUCUUGCUGGGAUUUGUGUGACUUUGAAAGGGUGUAGACUUGCAGGGACAGCCUCACACCUAGCCUGUGCCUACCUGAGAGGCAAAAGCGACAAAGCUGUUCUCCAGACUGGUACCCUUCUCCUCUUCAUGUCCCUUAAAAUGUUCGCAUAUAUGUGCAUGUUUCUUCUGUGGAACUUGUUGAAGGUUAGACCCUCAAAGGAGUCUGCUUGCAACACCCACCUUUCCACCAGCGAGGGGCUGCUUGGGACCCAGACUCCAGUUACUGUGCCUGAUUACAGGCAAUAGGGGAACAGAGAGAUGGCUGCCCCUGAGACUGACCACAUGUGCCUUUCCCCAGGCUCAGACUUCCCCAGCAGGCACCAGUUCUUCUUCCCUCUAAACUGAAAUACUCUGGCAAGGCUCUGGGGCAGGCAGGGAGGGAGCAUGAAGAACAAGGAAAACUUGAAUUCCAGAUUUUUAAUACAAAAAUAUUUAUCAUUUGUACCAAAAAUAAAGUUUUAAGUUUUUACUUGCCUGAUGGCCCGAG